UGUACAAACAUGGCGGGACUGGAAUCGAUGAUUGUGGAGGAAAAACAGCAACCGAUUAAAACGGUAGAUCGGGAAAAGACAUGUCCACUGCUGUUGCGUGUGUUCUGCUCGACCGGACGUCACCAUUCGACGAGCGAGUACGCGUACGGCAAUGUACCCUCGAACGAGCUACAGAUCUACACCUGGAUGGAUGCAACGUUACGAGAACUGACGACGCUGGUGCGUGAUGUAAAUCCAGAAACGCGUCGUAAGGGUACGUACUUCGACUUUGCCGUCGUUUAUCCGGACCGUGGAUCUACGUACCGUAUGCGCGAGAUCGGUGUUACCUGUUCCGGCCAGAAGGGGGCCGAUGAUGCUAAAACGUUAGCGCAGGCCAAGUUUACCAUCGGUGAUUUUAUGGACAUUAACAUUACGCCACCGAACCGUAUUCCUCCGUCACGCCGUCAGCGACCAUAUUAA